AUGGCUGUGCCGACCCUCGCAACGGCCCCUGUGCUCUCCACGCCAGACACGCACAUCUUCGAGGACCCAACUCCGGUCGUCGAUACGUCGAAUCUCCCGCGCCUCUCUGACGAGCAGGUUGCCCUCACAUACGAGAUCGAACGGACUGUCAAGGAAAUAAAGGAAGGGAGAUGGAAGAGGAUCGCGCUGCAGUUUCCAGACCACAUGCUGGUCGAUGCGCCGAGGGUGUAUGAGCAGCUGGGGCGAGGGCUGGGGAGAGCGAGGAAAGCACCAAAUGAAACGAGCGCGGAGGGGGAGCUGAGUGACAAGCUGGAAGGCACUGCGAUAGGGGAAGAGCGCCUUGUGGACGAGAAGCUGUAUAUACUCGGCGACACGUCCUACGGCGCAUGCUGCGUCGACGAGGUGGCUGCCGAGCACGUCGAUGCAGAUGUCGUCGUCCACUACGGGCGCUCGUGUCUGUCGCCUCCGUCCAGACUACCCGUCAUCUACGUCUUCACGGCGCGCCCCCUCGACCUCGACCCGCUGGUGGAGACGUUCAAGACCACGUACCCGGACACAGCGCAGAAGAUCAUCCUCAUGGCCGACAUACCCUACGCCCACCACAUCCCCCUGCUACACACACGCCUGCAGGAAGCCGGCUACACACACCUCCACGCAACGGAAAUCGUGCACAACCCCUCCUCCCCGCUCCCCAACCGCACAACCCCGCCAGACGCCCAAGACACCCUCAACGACUACGCACUCUUCCACAUCUCCGACCCCCCAACCUCCCUCCUCCUCACCCUCUCCUCCCGCGUCUCAGCAAUCCACAUCUACCCCACCGACACCAUAUCCCCAACCGCCACCCUAGCCUCCACAUCCCUCACCCUCCGCCGCCGCUACGCCCUCCUAACCUCCCUCUCCACAACCCCCAUCUUCGGCAUCCUAAUCAACACCCUCUCCGUAAAAAACUACCUCCACAUGCUGUCCCACGUACAAUCGCAGAUCGCCGCCGCGGGCAAAAAAAGCUACACCUUCGUCGUUGGGAAGGUCAACGCGGCCAAGGUUGCGAACUUUAGUGAGGUGGGGGGCUGGGUUGUUAUCGGGUGUUGGGAGAGUAGUUUGGUGGAGAGUAGCGAGUUCUGGAGGCCGGUUAUUACGCCGUUUGAGUUGGGGCUUGCGCUUAUGGAGGAUGGGGAGAGGGUGUGGACGGGGGAGUGGGUGGGGGGGUUUGCGGAGGUGAUGCAGCGCGGAGGGAAACUUGCGCUGACGCUGGAGAAGAAGCAGGAGCGGAAAGAGGGCGGAAAGGGGCGGGAAAUCGCCCACGACAAUGGACAUGAUGAUGCUGACGAGGAAGAUGACGACGACGACGAAUCCGCACCCCCUGAAUUCGACCUCCGCACCGGCCGCUACGUCUCGCACUCGCGCCCUAUGCGCGCGACCAAACCCGCUCAAUCUGUUACUGACGCGGAGGGAGCGGCGAGUGGGAGCUCGGCGCUGGCUAGGCGCGCAAAGGGUGAGCUGGCGAGCGUGGGCGGCGUUGUGUCGCCUGGGGCGGAGUACUUGAGGUCGCAGCGUACGUGGCAGGGGUUGGGUAGUGAUUAUACUAAUGGUGAUGAGGGGGCGGGAGGGGCGAGGAUGGAGGAGGGGCGGAGUGGGGUGGCGAGGGGGUAUGUUGUUGGGGAGGGGGGGAAGCACUGA